AUGGAUGAGAGCGUCGCACGCGACCUGCGACUGGAGAACAUGUUCGUGGUCAACUUUGACAACCUUCCACCUGAUAUGCGAACCGGAGAGGUGUUGUAUCAGAACAUCAUCAUCCAGCUCAUCGCACGAACGCUCAGCCCCGACAUCCAGCUGCCCUUGCGAGAGCACCUUGUGGUCUUUGAACCAAAAGUAUUUCCUGCGGUGUAUCAUUGGACCACCUUCCCCAUAUCGUGCCUGCUGGUGGAGCUCUUCGAGGACUUUAGCCAAUUCCUGCGCGAGCGGAACAUCAUCCCGCCCACGCAAAUUGAGCUGGUGGCCCUUCUGGAGCGAUGCCUUGCAUACGCAUACACUGGCAGCGGCAAGGUCCUCAUGAUGUCCCUCAUGGAUCAGCUCCUGAUCUCUCGUGGUCUCUUGUGGGACUCUUUGCCUGUCUUUCACCCUCACAUAUUUCACUUCGCCUUGGUCGAGUCUGGUGCAGUCCGCAUCAAGGCAGAAUCCUGGCCAUGUCGCGGGGCGGAGCGAGAGCCGAUCAUGGUGUCUCUGCGUGCAGUCCAGUUGACUUGGGGAUCGUCUCCUGCGGCGGAAUUGCUACUUAGUUGA